CCCGAACGACAACGUAGCACUCCCACACGCCCCACCCACAACACGCGUCACACUACCGCACGGACAACCAUAUCCAUUCCCCACGGGGGGUCUUUGGCCGACGCACCUCGCCGUCGGGCAUGGAGGCCACCGCCGCUCCCCAGCUCGAUUCCUUUCUCCAGUGAAGCACGGGCUAUGGAGGUGUGUCCAUGCCGCCGCGGCCUCGGUCGGAGGUGGAGGAGCGACGAGAGGGCUCGCUCGGUGGGCGGCACGGCGAGGCACAAAGUGGAGAGGGAGUGGGCGGCCAUGCCGCGGCGAAGAAGAGCACGAUGAAGCGGAGCAAGAAGGCACUGACGGUCUGCGAUGCUGGGAUGGAGGCGCGGAGCACGGUCGGGGGGAGGGGGGACGAGGUAGUGGCGGAGGUCAUGGCGGCCGGGGCGGUGAGUUUCGCGGAGCGUCGGGCCGACAUGGGGCGACCACGCCGCCGCGUUCCACAUGCUGGAGACGAUGGCGACCACACCGCCGUGUUGCUCAUGCUGCUGGUCGCCAAUAUAACGGAAAGAGGCCUGUAGGGCCUGAUGAUUGGGGCGUUCGCGCUGGGGUGUUUUCCUCCCGAACGAGUGGGUUCGGUUGAUCUUCGUCCGGUAGCGAACGAGUUGUUCGGUCCGGGGUCUCCCAUACCGAACGUCAGUGCCUUAUCGGGGUCCUUAAUAUAUAUUGCCAAACAUCCAACUAUGUAUCCACACAAAAUUAAAGCAACUGUUUUUCUUUUGCAAGGAACAAAAUAUGUAUUAACCGAGCAUCGGUUUCUUCA